AUGAAGGAAUUGUAUGGGCGGCUGUUGGAAUUGCUAGAUGUCGGUGAUCUUGUCGUUAACUUGACCAUAGGCAACAUUGUACCGGCUCUUCUUGCUGCCUCUUUCGAACCAGAAAAACGUGUGAUCGCGCCAUAUCCGUCAUGCGCACCCGGUGGACGUCUUUGUGGGAUCAAGAAGCGUAUACGUAUUAAUGAACGGGAAGAUGAAGUUCUGUUCCUCUGUGGUGACGAGGUUCAUGCACGGACCAUGUUACAAGUCACAUACGACGACUUCAUCUGCAUAGGUAUGCGAAGUAUCUUUCCAGAGCUGCUCAACGUCGAACAUCAUCGAGGUGGUGCUUUUCAGAUAAACAUACCAACUGCCGGGCAACUCGACGAUGCCUAUUUCUUUGCCGCGAAUCAAGGACUUCAUUCAAGUAUGCGCUUCGACCUUGUGAUCGAUCUUGGUCCAGGAACGAGGCAUUCAUGGUUGCAACAUGAUACCCUCAUCGAGGAGGAAGUUAGCGCCUUCAGCACUUGUCUCCCACCACGGCGCGACGCUCCAUUUGGGUGGUAUCCCAUUGUUGAAGUUCGUCAACAAGUCAUAGGUAUAGUCAACAACAACGGUGACCUCGCCAUCGUGCCUUCGAUUAGAAAGUCAUAA